UCCAGAGAAAAGAGAAAGAAUUUUGUUUUUUUUUUGCUUGUCAAAGUAGAACGAGAGAUCAAAAGACGAAAACUCCGAAUAACCAGAAAGUUUCCGGAGCUCCUUCUUCAAUCAUUGUCUUCAAUUGAAACCGGAACCGCGGGGUUAGAUGCCCUUCCCAUCGAUCUCCGGUGUGUGAGUGGAGAUCAAGAUGAUGUCAAGAUCAAUGCUGCUUGUAUUUUUGUUAAUGGUACUCAUAAUCACAUCUCAGUUUGAAUGGAAACAGCAACUAGUGAGUGAUGGUGAACAGAGUGCUAGCAUAUCUCAAAAGCAAAAACAGAUUUCUCAGAGAGAAGAAGUUGUAAAAGAAAAGGUUAUAUUGUCACAGGAAAAGAACAUUCAGAGACUAAAUGAAGUUGUGCGAAGUCUAAGAGAACAAUUGCAGCAGUGCAGGGGCAACAAUGAGUCGGUGAAUGGUGGCGCUCUUAGCUCGCUGACAGAGAACAUCAUCGAACUUGAACAACAGCAAAUUCUGAUGGACUAGACGGAUGGCGCGGCAUCAAAUAGUUUGACAUCCUCAUCUGUAUGUGCUAUAUAUCUGUUCGCAUAUGCAUGCUGCAGUAAUUCUUUGCAUUCUAGAAUCUGUUGUGGGUUGGAGAACUGAUUUUAGGAAUUCUCAAAUGUAUCAGUUUCUUGAAACCAUCUGCUUGUCUCUGAGAUUCGCUGAGGAUCGAGCAGUUUAAAUUCUGACGAUGCUCUUAUGUAUAGAAAUUUGAGUGGGUAUCAGAGUUAAGGUUCUCAAAACUAUCACUUCCUUUUCCAACCAAGCACAUCAUCAGCCUUUGUUCACGGUGGUCGACUUUCUGACAGCAUGGCGUCACCGACCGAUCUCGACGAGCGUGCCUAACAUUCGUCGCCCAUCAUCUUUCCUUUUCUCUCCAGAAACAUCCAUAAUCUCUCUAUCUUCCAAAAGAAAUCAUGUGCUUGACCGAAGAAAGGAAAAGUUGCAUU